AUGUGCGCUUCCCUCGUGGGCUGCGGUUUCACCUCUGCUGCUUGCAUUGUCGGAUAUUGUCCAAUUCUAAGAGGGUAUAGUCUCGUUAACACCGAAACUGCAGCUACUCGCGUCUACCCUAAGCAAGGAACCAUUGUCUUCGGCACGUCUGGCUAUCUCUGCCGUGCGCCCUCCAUUAAGCUGUCCAUACGUUGGAGCUGGCCUCAUAGCAUCGCGAGGCCUCUUGCAAUUUGUAAUUGUUUCCGAAGGUACCCUUUCCUUACGGCCUCGCCCCACUCACCCACUGCCCUGGCCCAAGGUACGGUCGGCCUCUUCGUUUGCCCGCUAGUGGUUGCAACCCCCCCCCGCUUUCAGCGGCUCGCUGCGCUUUCUGAGACAAGUGCAAACGGACGAGUCUUUCCCCAGCUUGAGCUGCGAACAGUUCUGACCAUUUCCCCCCCACCUCCUGAACAUUCGCCCAACACCAGACCCGUACUAUUCAUGAGUUACGAUUCCCGACUGGCCGGUCGGCCCUAUGGCGUGCCAGAAGGAGAUGGAGACGAUACGAAUGGCAGAAAGGGAUCGGUGCGAGCAGCGCGAGAAAGGUUGAUGGCGGCGCAAACGCAAGGACAGCUUCCGGAUCGUUCGCGAAUAGUAGGACUUCCUCAGAGGCCAAAUCAGCUUGUUUCCCAGUUCUCCGUUCAGAACAGGCCGCGCCCGCAGGACCUGACGCCUCCUGAUAGUAGAGGGAACGCCAAUGCUAUAUCACCAACUCCACAAUGGCCCUUGUCUAACGAUGCGGAAGAUAUACUAGACCCAAGGCCAGGACAAUACCUGCAAUCGCCAAAUCGAGGUCCACCACCACAACGUCCUCCUCGACCAACAUCAGAUGAUCUACCAAUACAACAGCUAUCUCCUCAGGGUUAUCGCAGCUCUUACCAAAGUGAUGAUUUGCUAUCUCCAGACGUUACCAUAUCUUCAAGGCCUCUCACAACAUCUUCCGCCGCCUCCACAAGCUCUUCGCUAGGCUCUAUACCUGACUUUCCCGUACCACAACCACCAAUGCCAACAAUACAGCCACUGCCUCGACGCAAUCCGUCCCUCGGUCCACCUCCAUCAGCGCGGAGAGGACCGUCGUCAUACUACACCCAGAUGUCGUAUGUCUCACCGAUCGCUGAAGAAUCAGAAACUCGUUCCGACACAAUGCGCUCGCUACAUGGAUCUUUCGCGUCCAGUAAUGUCAUACCAUCGAACAACGAUGACUUUUACUUAGAGGACGAUGGCAUCCAGUCCAUCCGGUCCGAUGAUGACGAGACGGUCACAAGUGACUAUGGACGGGAUUCGAGAGGUAGUGAUCAUGACGAUCGAAGCGGGCUCGUCCAACCGGCACUAGUUCGACAAGCUAGCCUAGGACGUCGGACAAAGCCUUCACUGAUGACGAUCAAAUCUGGUGACAGUUUACGAGACAACGGCAGCGCCAAUAACAUGCCGGCUCCUGUGAAGAGAAAGCCUAUUGGAGAGGCCGUGGGUGCCGCCGGAAUUGGAAGUGCCAUGCUAGCAGCAAAAGAAGGGAUUUCCGCGAAGACAACGCCUGGACCACCUAGCUCGUCGCUGAGCAGCGGAACUGGCUUAUUUGACCCUUCAUCAUCUUCCUCUGAGUCCUUGAACUCUUUGAAAAAGGGAAAACUAGAAUCGCGGAGAGAGCUAGAUCCGGAGAAGGAAGAGCCGGAAUCACCAGCAUAUCCUCUUCAACAGGGUAGCCGACAGACAACGCUAGCUGAGCGCGUUGGAAAGCGUCGUCCGCCUCGGAUCGACGUAGAUGCGGUCCGCGAGGCCGAAGCGCGAGGGAGCUUGACAAGUCUCCCGGAGCUAAUUAGAAGGGCAACUAGAUUGGCGGCUAACCUGGAUAGAGGAAGGACGGCAAGUCGACUUGGCCUAGAUUUUUGGGAGAGCGGAGCACCGGACAAGAAUAAACUCGACUCUAGACGGUCUGGAUCUUUAUCUGACAUGCUCGCCGCUUUUCCUCCACCAGGCGAAGCAACUCCUAGAGGGGACGGGACACCGAACAGGCGCUUCUCGAAGUGGCCUUCCGCUGGGGGUUAUGACGCACCAGGCACUGAGUCGGCUCAGAGCACUCGCAAACCGGAGAAUCGGCGUAGGAAGUGCUGUGGCAUGCCGAUGUGGACGUUUGUAACGCUCCUUAUUGUGCUGCUGUUCCUCGUCGCUGCUGCUGUUGUAAUUCCUGUGGUUCUCAUUGUGAUCCCAAAGAUGAGGAAUAAUAACAAUGCAGCACAGAACAGCGGCAACAACAAUAACAACAAUCCGCCAGCAAGCGUCCCGACAUCCGGAGGUCAAACAGGCCAAUGUAAUGGCAUAAUAUCAUGUCAGAAUGGAGGCGUUGCAAUUCUAAACGCCGACAAGUCGUGCAAUUGUGUUUGCAUCAACGGCUUUACCGGAAAAACAUGCGGGACGCAAACGGAUGCAGGAUGCACUACAACCAACAUUGCAGGUACCGCUGAUAACGCUACCAUUGGCUCCGGUAUCCCUCGUUUGAUUAGCACUGCGCAGAACAACUUCAGCAUUCCUCUCGAUCCUCCUAGCCUUCUUUCACUCUUCUCGAAUCUCAGUCUCACUUGCACGUCUGAGAACGCCCUCGUAACCUUCAACGGCCUCGCAUCUCGAUCAAUUCCGCAAGCUCAUCUUCCGAUACUUGUUGACACCUCUUUGGACCCUUCGAGGACCCUUCCUCUUCUAAAUUCACCGCACCUUCAGCCAGACGUUCGCCAACUUAAACAACGUCAGGCGGUUGGCCCAGUCGGAAAUGCUGAUCCCAGCGUGGCUGCGGUUGCCUCCGCGACUGCAGCAGCAAGCUCAACACCAACCCCCUCACAGCCAAUCUCGAGCAAUUCCACGGCCAUUGACUUUGCCCGCAUUGGCGUCCUUCUUGUGUUGCAAGAGACUCGCAAGCUAGAGAGCGCAGCUAGCGCACAGGAGAAUCUACAGACCUUUUUGACCAAUGACCGUAAAGGCGCGAGCAACGGCAACUCAGUCGAUCUGGGCAGCAACAUCUCGAUUGACCUGCAAAGCCCUCAAACUCUUCUGUCCAACUACGAAGAUGAGAACCUUAGCCUUGCCGCAUUGUUUCGUAACAUCGGCGUGGGAAGCAUUUACACCACCCAGCGGCCGUCUACUUUCUUCUAUUCUUACUCACAUGCACUUCUUCCCUCUCGUCUUGAAGACGCGUGGGCGAUCUAUGGAUUGGAUCUAAUUUCUGGUACAGUGCAGACUGGACUUAUGCAUAAUGCUGAAAUGCAAAUUUGGAUCAGAAUCAACACGGCAAGGUAUCUUAUGAUCCGUCGUGGGGAUGCGAAAACAAGGAGCUUGUAUGAUAGCAUGCAUCCUGUUAAGAGAGCUGUCGCUUACUGGCCAAACAAUGACAAGAGUCAGGUGAACUCAAGACUUCAUCCUUUCACUCCUUUGGGCUUGGCAGUCCACCUCUUCGCCCCGGCAACGCGGCCGCACACACAAAACGCUGACAAGGAAAAUUUUCUUCUAUUCUCCUCUAGUAAUAAUCUGACUCUACCCGCACUGAAUAUGCCCCUGAUAUCUAGGGUUGACCUUUUGCCACUUGCAACACUAGCUCCAAUCUUUCUAAGAAGUUGUCCCUGGAAGAUUUCCCCUAAUACGUACUUCGCUUCAUCCAUCGCAUUUCGUGCCCGAAUAUGCGAAUCCUUCCUAUAUUUGUGGCGUACUUUACGCUAUGGUGUUGCCCAACUCGACACUCAAACCUACAUCCCUACCGUUAAGGAAAGCGUUGACCUCCUUGACACCCCUGUCACGCACUCCCCACCGAUCACAACUCUUGCCUCGAUAGUAGCGAAAGACGCAGUCCUCUCGCCAGCCCCAACCACAGGCGUUAUCACUCCCAGUAGGCAGUGGCUUCUCUUAAACAUUUUCUCGCACCUCACUUCUGCUCUGGGCUUCUGCAACUACCUCCGGUCCUCUGGCAGCGAAUUAUAUCCCUUCACUGAAGCACGGAACGCUAUACUCACUAUUAACCACCACCUUUUCCGCUGCCAUUUACGGCACCUACUAGCUUCAAUCAGCUGGUUUUUGGAACUCCUAUUCAACCAUAUCGUUUGGUGCAUGACUGAAACGGACUCCUACGCCCGAUUCUGCGCCUGGAUCAACAUCAGAAAUUACUCAAAGGAGAGCGACGCUCACAAAUAA